AUGGUGCUAGAUUAGAUGUGGGAAAUAAGAAAUCUGUGCUGCUAGCUAAAACAUUUCCCAGCUGUCGCCAGCGACUGUAACGACCGGGAAAGACGCGCGGUCCCCGGCUACAGGAUCACAGAACCGCCGCUAGAUUCUCGACACUUUACGGAGGAAGUGUCGGUUCCUGCUGGUUCCUUUUUUCGGACGCAAUCCGACGAUCAUGUCCUAGUCUAAAUAGCUGAGGUGGAGGUCGAGGAUGGCCGCAGACGUGGAUAAAACAAUCCCCGAGGAUAAGAGCAAAAUUUCGCAGCAGACUGGGCAUCAGGGUCGUAGCUCUGGAUCCUGGAUCUACAGGGGGAUUUGGACUCUGCUUGUGGUCUGUGCUGUCCCUCUUCUCGCCUUUGGGAUCAAGUAUUACCAAGAUGCCCAGCUCCUCAAACGUCAUGAAGAGAGUGUUCGGACUCUGGGUGCCGAGGGCCUUUUUCUCUUCUCCUCCUUAGACACUGACCAUGACCUUUAUCUCAGCCCGGAGGAGUUCAAACCCAUCGCUGAGAAACUCACAG